CUCAGAACGCCUUCUUUUCAGGUCCAAACACUACCGCCAAGCCAAAGAUCAAAAUUUUAUUUUCCUUCUUAAUUUUAUCUUCUUCGGUUGGAUUGAUUUUGUUGGGGGCCUUCGGAUUUCUCCUAGAUUCCGACAGAUAUGUAUUUUUCUUUCUUUUUGAUCUCAGUCCGAAUUUUGGUGUUUGACGGGUUAAAUUGGAUACUGAUUGUUGCGUAAAGGUUUUUUUUUUCGUUGGUGUUGAGAUUCAGGUUGUGGGUUCAGUGAUCGUCUGCUGAUGGAAUUGCCGGUCGGGGAAGUGUACCAAGAAGCUAUAAAGAUUAUUCCUCUAGCUGUAUCUCUUCCAUACAAGCGGCUGUUGGUGGAUAAAGCUUUUACGUUUAUCUCUGGGACAUGUCGUGACAUAAUUCGGGAAAGAGAUUAUUUCUGGCGACACUAUCACAAGCGGCCUUCCUCGGGUGUGAGCAACGAACACGUGUCAAAUGGUUUGAAUCAAACCUUACAUUCACUACUUCAAAAGGUACAAGACUUCAAGGGUCAUUGGGGAGAGAAGUAUGCUCCCAUAAUUGGCGACGGAUAGAUCUGGCCUUGAAGCAUUUUGGAUGUUAGCUGAAGUAUUAUUGAAGAUGCAAAAUAAAGUUUCAUGAUGGUUGGACUUCUACUUUGCACUUUGAACUUUAUAUGUUUGAAUUUGAACUCAUUCAAGAAUGUUGAACACGUAGGCUAAUUCAUUCAAGAAUGUUGAACAUGUAGGCUUUUAAUGGGUUUAUAUUUAUAUGUUUUGAACUCAUUCAAGAAUGUUGGACAUGUAGGCUUUGAAUGUUUAUAUCUGGUGAUUUUGUGUAAGGGAAGCAUGUAAAGAUUUUACUAAGGUCGUGUUUGGCAUAUUGCUCAAAANACUUGGAUUAAUUUUGAAAAA